CUUAAAGUCUUUUUGAAUACAAAAAUGGCUGCUGUUCAACCAAAUUUAUCGAAAAUGAUUUCAGCACAGCUACGCAAUAAAGCAAAUGAGUUUUUAAACUCACGAAAACAUGCUAAUAAUCUCGCUGAUAUCCUACAAAUGUUUGAGGCUGAAACCGAGAAUUAUACACCGCUGCUGCUUACCAUAGAAGUCAUAUUCACAGAGUUAUUAAAAAGAGGCGACUUAAUCCAACACAUCGUCCCAUUGAAACCAAUAGACCACAGCCCAGAAGCAGAAUAUACAAGAUGGUUGUGCGAGUGCUACGAAGCAGCCAUUUCUCGUGCACUAGAAUGCAUGAGGCGUGGGCGGACCAGCUCACGUCUCCAAGCUCUUGUGACAGCUUGCAAACUCCUGCAGGCUGAAGGGAAGCAUCCUUUAGAACAUACUACUGGCUACUUUUUCCCUUCUGUCAGACUUAAGAAUAUUUUCUUGGUGCUACUAGACUCUGAAACUUCAAUGUCUGCACCUAUAACCCGUUUUCAAGAAUUCACAGAAUAUCGAGAUAUGCAACAACAUGGUCUGAAAGUACUUGCUGCACUCGCAUUCAAGAAAUCUCCAUCACCUAUUUACAUGCAAAACUUUUUAGAGCUUCUAGACAAACUUUUAGCAGCAAAGAUCCCAUUGGAUAAUAAAGUGAAGAGCAAAGAUAGAGAUAAUGAGAAUGAGAUGAAGGUGCUGUGUGCUUCUGAAGGCAAGCCUAACUUCCCAUACAAUCCCGCUGUAUGUCGUCGAUUUGCCAACCGUUGCUGGAGUUUCGCCUGCCAGUGGCCGCUGUGCGAGGAGCCCCGCACCCAUCGCCGCGCUCUCUUGCUGCUCGUUGAACGUCUGAUGCCACUUCUGAACAGACCUCAUUUAGCCACUGAUAUGCUCUGCGACAGUCUUGAUGCGGGAGGGCCAAUCAGUAUGCUCGCAUUACAAGGCGUUUUAGAACUUGUAAGACACCACAACAUCGACUACCCAGACAUGUAUGAUCGUCUCUAUGCCAUGUAUGAACCGGAAAUGUUUGCUACUCGUUAUAAGAAGCGUCUCAUGCACCUCACAGAUAUCUUCCUCAGUUCCACACAUUUGCCUGAAAGCUUGGUAGCAGCUUUCGCUAAACGUAUGUCUCGUUUGGCUUUGGUGGGUUCCCCGGAGGACUCUAAAGGCUUAUUACAAUUGGUAGCCAAUUUGUUAUUGCGGCACCCUGCACUCAAGCGUAUGAUUUGCUGCGAAGACACCCCCGCUAUCAUGUCAAACGACCCGUACGUGAUGGAAGAGUCGAGCGCCCAGCGGUCGCGCGCGCUGGGCUCGUCGCUGUGGGAGGUGCGCGCGCUGCGCGGCCACUGGGAGCCCGCCGUCGGCGCCGCCGCCGCGCGCGUGCUGGCCGCCGCCGGCCGCGACCCGCCCGCCAGCCUCGCGCUCGACGACGACUCGGCGUUAUUUGAUGCUGAAUUGAAGAAGAGGUUCAAGACAAUUGAAGUGAACUUCAUCAGACCACAAACAAUGGCACUGCCGUCUGGUGAGCGACUUUUACAGUACUGGCAACUCACGGCUUGAAAUCUACUAUAAAAAUAGUGAAUACCAAAUACAUCCUAAGGUGUAAUGAUUCUAAUGGAGUUUUGGUCUCCAUUCAAACUAUUAAGAUCGUUUUUUUUUUCGACACUUAUAAAUAUUAUAGUUUUCUUUUAUAAUAAAAAAGUAUUAGAGUUGAAUGAUUAGUGAGACAAUAUCAAUCACAGAAAUAUCAGAAUCAUUUGCCAAUUUAAACAGAAAACUUAGGAUUUCAGUAAUGAGCAUUCAAGAAAGUUCUAAAACGACAUCAAAAUUAAAUUUUCGAAAUGUAUUGAUCAUUUAAUUUUGACAUUGUUGUAACGAAGGAAACGACCAAAAAAUCAUUCUGUCAGAUAAUAUAGGAAUUGAAGUAUUUUAUCACUGAAAAAUGAAUAUAAGGGCUGGUAUUAUUAAACGGGCAUGCGGUUAAAAGUUUGUAUAAUAAAUGUGAAAAAAAAAAUCUUAAAAUGAAUAUUGAUUGAAAUUGAAAUAAAAAUAAUAAUUACGUUAAUCUAUGUCUUAACGGUUCUUGUCAAAGUACACAUGUUUUGGUGAUGUGCUUCCCGUUUGUAAACUUAUUUUACAAAAUACUUUUAUGUACCAGAACAACCCCGUGACUGCUUAGGGUCCGUUCACACAAACCGGCUCGGAGAGGAGAGCAGAUUUUUAUCACGUUGGAAACAGUGUUUUGAGUGAUUGUAGUAAAGUUUAUUUUUGCAUUUGCACCUUUUUUGUCAUUAAAAAUGCCUGAACGCGCUUCGUGUGAAGUAAUAAAAGGAGCCGACCGGCUCCGCUUGCGUGCUCUUUCUCGCUCGCGCAGCCGAUCGGCUCUGAUUGCGU